UGAUUUUUUUUGAGGAAGAAACAUGGGCGCCGAAAAGUCAGGCGAAGUGUCUUUCAUCCAGAGGAGCCUGUACGCCGGGAACACCGUCUUCUAUCAGGUGGUGGGCGUCAUUAGCGUCCUCUUUAUGUGGACGUUUUUUGAAAACGCAACCGACUUUAAAUCCUUGUUCCUUUGGCACGUCUCAUUGUCAACGGCCGCAUACCUGCCUCUGAUGGCCAUAGGAAUAAUCUUAUUUUCUGAAGACAACGCUUGGACUAUCGGUUUGCCCAGAACCAAGAGGUACACCAUCCACGGUAUCCUGUUCGCCCUCAGCGUGAUUGCUUUGACGGCUGGUAUUUUUGUCGAAACCGCCAGUAAGAACAAAAACACCAAUCCGACGCAUUUCAAGAGCAAGCAUGCAAUAUUGGGUUUAGCAUCGUGGGUACUAUCGGUCAUUUCCCUCUUCACCGGACUAUUGGCGGCCAAUACCGGAGCCCUGCCGAGGUGGAUAAAAGCGGUCCUGGUCAAAUUCGUCCAUAACUUCUUAGGCUCGGCCGCCUACGUCAUAGGCAUCGCCAGUCUCUGGAAAGAGAUAAACGGUGGAUCGUAUGGUAGACGCAUUUCCGAUCACGCUCUGAGCGCCACCUAUUGGCUAGUGGCCAUCAUAACCGUUUGGAGUUUGCUGGCCGCCCUCAAGUCGAUGUUUAAUCAGUUAAAGACACUGUUUACGUAAUUGCUUAUCUAAUAAGGCGUACCUAUAGAGUACAUGGAAGAUCUGCACCAACGACGGUCAGUUGGAACCAAAAACACUAAACCAGUUCCGAACAGAUCAAUAAUUGAUAUAGUAUUUGAGAAGUAGUUGCGUGUCUUCUGCUGGCUUAUCAUUUUAUUAAUAUGCUCUAGGCAAAUUCAACCUCGCUACUUGUCGACUGGGUUAUUUAUUUGUUGCGUUAAGUAUAGAA